CUAUGUGUCUAUAUGUCGAUCUGUCUAUGUGUCAAUGUGUCUGUGAUUAGAGACUACAUUAACAGGCAAACAUUAUAUUUGAUACAUGUCUCAUACAUAUCCUUGCUGCUGUAUGAAUAUGUAAUUGGGUAAAGAACUACUUCUACCGUAUAUUACAGUUGAGCCGAAAAAGGCCGGUGUGGAUAAGUUUACAGAUAUAGGAGGGUGUGGAUGGGGUAUACAUAUAUAGGAGGGUGUGGAUGGGGUAAACAGAUAUAGGAGGGUGUGGAAGGGUAUACUGAUAUAGGAUGUGUGGAAAGGGUAUAUACAGAUAUAGGAGGGUGUGGUGUGGCUAUACAGAUAUAGGAGGGUCAGGAGGGAUAUACAAAUAUUGGAGGGUGUGGAUGGUGUUUACUGAUAUAGGAGGGUGUGGUUUAGGUAUACAGAUUAGAAAAUCAUGAAUGGAAAAAAAACACAUUUAGAAUGGAGAAAAAUGGGCAAAAAAUUUAUGAAUAGAAAAUAAUUGGAUGCAAAAAUAUAAAGAUUAGAGAAUAAUAUAAGAAUAUAAAGAACUGUCAAUAAUGUGUCCAAAAAAUAUAAAAAGAUAGUUAAAGAUGAAGACUCCCAAAAUCCCACACCCCUUAUGUAGACAUAAGGAUGCAUUAAUCAUUCUUCAAACUGCAAAGAAAAUUAAGAAGACCAAAUUGGGACUGACGGAGCAUUUAUUCAUAUGCUUUAACAAAAAGAGUUAAAAGCCUUUUUCAAGUGUUCAGAAAAUUGUGAAAAAUAAUCUAAAUGUUGUCUUAAGAGUUAUAUUUAAUGAACAAAAUAAUAUGGUUAGCAUCUGUAAAGAUGAAAUAAAACACCACUCAGCUGCUACUGGUCUUACUAAUUGUAAGAUAUGUGUAACAAAAGUCUUCUUUGUGGUUAACAGAUGAAAGCAAUAUAAAGAUUUGUCUGUAUUUCAGGGUCAGACUCCAUACGAUCUAGCAGCAGAAAAACAGUAUAAAGAAGUGAUGGAAUACUUACAGUCUGCCAUGUCAGAGGAAUCUUCAGGUGUGACUGUUGGACAAGGGAUGGAAGAUGAUAUGGUUCCAACUGAAAUAAAAUCAAUGGCUGACAAAAGAUCUAUUGAUUUGUACCUCAAAUUACUUGAGUCAGGCUAUGAGAAAAAGAGAGACAUACGUUUAGUAGUAGUUGGAAAAAAAGGUGCAGGAAAGACAUCCUUGAUUAGAAGAUUGUUUGGUGAAGACAUUACAGAUGUUACCAGUACAAAUGGAAUCGAAAUUCACAAAACAAAAUGCAAAGCAAAGUCUGAUGAUGGCAUAUGGAAUAAAUUAGAUGGAAGCAAUGAAGACACUGAAGCCUAUGCUAGACUACGAAAACAAUUAGAGGAAAAACUACAGGACAAUGACAAAGUUGGAGAACCAGUAGAACCAAACGUAGCAAUGAGGGACAGCACACACGCAACAAGUUUGGAUGAAUCAAAGGAAUCACAGACAGUAUCCCAGCAGCCGAAAAUAAUUAAAUCUCCAGAAGCAGCAGAACCUCCAGCAACUCCCCAUCAGUCAAACCAAUCCACUGAACAGGCAAAAAGGGAUUUUGAAAAAAUGCUUACCACUAAAGUUGAUUUACACGACAAAGAAGAGUAUGCCACAUUAUUGCUAUGGGAUUUUGGAGGAGAUGAAGAAUUUUACCACACACAUCAAACCUUUCUGUCUGCAGAUGCAAUUUAUCUUGUUGUAACAAACCUCAAUGAGGCCAACAACAAAGAAGCACAAGAUUUAUUCAAAUUAUGGAUGGAUUCAAUACAUUGCUACAGUAGACUGGAAGACGACAAAAAUAAUUCUGAUGACAACACGAUAUCGUCAACAGAUAUUAAUCCACCAGUAGUUAUUGUUGGCACUUGGAAAGAUGCUGUGGCCUUUGAAACAGGAAAACUAGAGGAAGCAUGCAGACGAAACCUUUUGAAGUUUACGAAACAGUUGUCAAAGGAUGAACGUCGACAUUUAAGGGACAAGUGUGAAUAUCUUAUUUCUAAUAAAGAUGAUGAUCACAGUGUAUUCAAGCAGAUACGGGAAGACAUCUUAACCUUAGCAAGAAAGUUAAAUACAUGGAACAAUAAGUAUCCUUUAAAAUUUAUUCAGCUUGAACAGAGGCUUCAAGAAGAGAAGAAAAAGUUGCCAAUUAUUUCUUAUCAGGAAAUUAGGGACAUUUCUUCAAACACACCAAAGGCUUUAAGUGAGCGAGAACUGUUAUUAUUCCUGGAAUUUCACCACGCACUCAGAGCUUUAGUUUAUUUUGCAGAUCUUCCAGGAUAUAUUAUUUUAGAUACACAAUGGUUGUCUGAUGCUUUUAAAUGUAUAGUAACAGCAAAGAAAUUCCAAGCUAGUACUAAAAAUCAAGAAUGGUGGGACAAAUUUUUCCAAACUGGCAAAUUAAAUAAUGAGGUUUUAGAAGAUAUAUUUAAAAACCAGACAACAAUUUUGUAUGAACAUAAAGACCAUAUCCUGAAUGUAAUGGAGAAAUUUGAUAUCAUUAUACGUCCAAAGAGAUCAGAAGGUGCUGAUAACAUUUAUGUACCUUGUAUGAUUAAAACAGAACCAGAAGAUGACAUUUAUGAAAUGCUUAAUGUAACGAAAGAUAUCAAUACAAGAUCAACUUGGUUGUGUUUUAAAUUUAGGUUCCUACCACCACAUCUUAUCAAUCAUUUGAUUGCUUCACUGAACAGGAAGUAUACAGUUGCAGAAGUGGUUGACCAUGAAAAGGAGGAAAGACAAAUUGUUCUUUUCAAAGGCACUGCUGUCUUUGAGUUACAUGAAACAACGAAAUUAAGAAAAUUACUUGUAAUGGCACGUCAAAAUUUUAUUCAGAUUCAGGUUUGGGAAUUUGGGACAGAAAUAACAAGAGGUUUAUGCAAAGACAUUGCCGACUUUGUGACAGAGGAAUUAAACACAAUCAUGCAUUCAAGAUUCAAGAUGUCAAAUGUAAAAUUUGAGAAAACCUGGGAAUGUGGCCUUACAAAGCCAAAGUGUGUGACAGGAUCAAAACAAUUCAGGAAAAAGCCUAUAACAGAAUAUCAAUGUGAUACAUGUCAAAUUAAACACAUGUUCAUUGACGAAUGGUCAGAUCAACACAAUAAAACACCAUGGAAACAAAAGCAGAUUGACCCUAGUUUAGCAGAUACCAAAUUAGACUUUAGCGACAUUUUAGAUCAAAUGAUGAGACAGUUAGUGAUAUCAGUGGAUGACAGACGCAGCAUUGAACAAAAUGAUGAUCCGGAAAAAAAACUGCUCAGUAUGAUGAUUAAAAGGGGAGAGCCUAAUAAAUCUGUGUGUAUUGAUGUUUUAAAGCAAAAUAGUGGAUAUGAAGAUCUCGGAGAAAAAUUGAAGUCUGAUUCAUCAAGCUCAGUGUCAUCACCCACUAAAACAGACUUACAAGAUGUUCCAGAUUAUAAAAUACGUCUACAGAAGAAUUACUUAGAAAUAAUCAACAGAUUAAAACACGACCAGUAGAUCUACAACAACAGUGAAAGUGAUUGAAAAGAAAAAUGAGAAACACAUGUUUGAAUAGAGGAAGAACAAGUUUUUAAAAAGUAAUUUGUUUAAUUCUCCAGAAAUGAAUCUGUCCUAAAUCAGUCCUGACAGACAAGAUGGAGAGAAAAACAGAAGGAUCGGAUAGAGAUAUUUAUAUUAUCUAUCAACCUUUCAGACAUUAUUCAAGUGAAAUGUGCAAUGAAUGGAUAUACUGCAGUUUCAUUUUAUGAUAAUGAGUCCGAUAUAGAUUUUUGAGAUAUGUUAUAGUUCGAUAUAAACUUUUGUAGAUUUUUGUGUGCUUUUUUUCUCUCCUUCAUAUUUGUACAUUCCUGAGUCAAUUGACAUGUUCAUGGAAUCAUACAAUAGAUUGAUUCAUCAUUCUGUUGAUCCAAGCAAACUGAUACUGUUUCAAGAGAAUGUGAUUGUUCAGUUCAAUCUAGUGUGGAUACUUGAUUUUGAUUUGUCUGUUAUGACAUGUAGAUUUAUGAAGUAUUUCAGGUAUCACUACAGUCUUAUAAUGACUUGUUAAUGAACUUGUUUUUAUUAUUCUUAAUUGUAUUUGAUGUAUACUAUUAAGUCAUUUUAAUCUUCCGUACGCUUCAAUACAUUUGAUUGUUAAGUAAUCUGGAAAUAUGAGUCAUUUGUCUUAUGUAGAUCAUAAAGACACUUGAUUGUUCGGUAUAGUCACAGGUAAAUACUUGAGUGGUUGUAUUGUUCGUUGCAUUACUGAUUUGUCUUAAGUUUGAUUUUCAAGGCAUAAUACUGUUGAUUCUUGAGUCAUUUAUUGUUCAUGGCAUUCCAUGAUGUCAUUUUUUGCUGUUCAGAAGUAAUGGUCUAGGACUGAUUUGAAAUUAACUCGUUAUGUUGUUUCUGUGCAAUGAAUAUUGAACCAUACAACAAACAAACUUUUAACAUUUUGAUUUAUCGUUACUGAUUACAAAAUUUAGGCAUAGAUGGAAAAUGAGAAUUUUUACGUUUGCCUUCAGGAGUUAUGGUACUUUUUUUACAGUAAUUGCAACCUUAGGCUUUACUGUUUGAAGGGAAAUUGACUCACCGGUGAAUGAUCUGUUACGGAUGUUUGACUGAUCUAUUAAUGAUCAGUGAACGAUUACUCAUAGAAUCCGUCAGAUACGUCAAAUAAGCUAUGUGAGAGUUACUGUGACAACGGUCAGCGAUCAAUCAGUAAAUUAAUUAUAUGCAUGGAUCGGACAGAUAUGUAUAUAAUUGAAAUUAUUAUGUAAAAUGAGCUCAACAGUGAUUACAUGCGAUAAACGUGGACCUCUUCAAAGACACUUGGUAGCAAUAACUCAUUAAAAAUAUAUAAAUUACGUUUUACGCAUUAUAUUUUAUAAUGUAUUACUUCUUUAUUGGUUCUUUUAUUUUUUUGCCAAAUAAAUUACAUAAGUGCAGAAUAAUGUCAUGCUAAGAGAGUUUCUGUAUCACUAAACAGAGAUGAAAUAUUAUCAUUUGAAAUAAGUACCCUAUCUACCAAUUAUGCAUUUUAAUGUCUAGAUGAUGAAAAUAAAAAUAAUAAAACAGUAAAGAUACUGAAUAAAAGCUUUGUUUGGGCUGAUUAAGAGUGUAAUUAUUUCUUUAUUUUAAUGGAAAUCAUGAACCGCCAUUGGAAUGUAUUAAAAAAUUUUGUACAUCA